AAUUAAUUAAUUAUAGAUUUAAAUGUUUUACGACAUUUUGCGUGAAAUUCUUAUUUCAAAUUACAAAAGAACCCUGAAUAAAACUAACUAUAUAAAGGCACGUUUUUUAUUUAAUUUGAUCUUCUGCCUAUUUUUAAUUAUAAAUUUACAAGUUUUAUUAUUCUGUUAUUUAUUAUUCUGUUAUUUAUUAUUCUGUUAUUUUAUUAUUCUGUUAUUUUAUUAUUCUGUUAUUUUAUUAUUCUGUUAUUUUAUUAUUCUGUUAUUUUAUUAUUCUGUUAUUUUAUUAUUGUUGGUUGUACAUCUCCUGUACUUCCCAAAGAAGAUCGAUUCACAUAGUUGUAUUUAGGGGUUGAUAAUUGUUUAUUGCUGUUGUUGUCUAAUAGUUUUUUAUUUUUACUGAUAUUAUUUAUUAUUCAUUAUAAGAAAAUUUUUUUUAUAUGUUUUACUAGUCAUUUGUUCGGUUCUUGUUUCUGAAGUUUUUUUUUAUUAUUGAAAUUAUUGAAAUUCGAUUUUAUUCGUACUCACAUUCUCGACGGCUAAUCUUUCGUGCGAUCUCCCAUACGAUUUCCCAUUCCCCAUACGUUCUUCCCGCCGAUUUAAACAAAUUUUCUACUUUUUACUAACUUCUUUUUCCAUUGUUAUUAUUAUUAAUAACAAAAUGAGAGAGGAGACAUCUGAUCAUCAUUUAAUAAUUUUUACGAUUUUUUUUAUCGUAGUGCUUUAAAAAAAAAAAAAAAAUAUUCUAUUUUCUUCCUAGAAAAUCGUUCAUCAGAUUAGAAAUAUCUCACUGGUUGAAGGCCAAAGUCAAGAAUUUUUUUUUUUUUUAAAAGGUGGAAAAGGUUCUAAAAAAAAUUUCCUAUAUAUACAAUUUGAAAAAAAAAAUUCUUGCUAUGGAUUCCAAUUCCUUACAAAUCACUACCUUAAUAUUGUUUUCGAAGAGAAAAAAGGGUGAAAAUAUGAAUUAACUAUAUACAGUAUGUUAUUAUUAAAAUUACGAUGGUCCGUGCGUUAGACUAAAUAAUUUUCACCCCCACGUGCACGUCCGCACUGACCAAUUUGGCGCAGUCAUAUUAUUUUUUUCCUGAGAGCUUUUUUGUAUUAUUUUUUUUAGAUUCCGAAUGGAAAUUUCGAGUGUUUCAUUAUGUUAUUCUCAAAGCCAACCCCAUUUCAAUUAUAAAAUGUAUGAAUGUUCCCCACUACACUUUUUUUUAAAAAAAAGUAUUUAAAGUAUUUUUAAAAGGAAAUAAAGAUCUAUUAAAAAAAAAAUUGAUCAAAAAAGUACACCGUAAGAAAUAUAUAAACAAAAAAAAAAAACAGUAAUAUAUGUAUAUAUAUAAAAAAAGAUAUGUAUAAAAAUUAUUUAUAAUGAUUAUUCUUUCUUUGAAUGGAUUAAUAAUGUGUAUAAAUACGUUCGUUGUUUAAUUGACGGAGUGGUAUUGUGGUGGGUAUUAUAGUGUAGUGUAGUGGGGUUACUGAAUAUUUGACAUAUACUUUACGAAGGCUAAGAUGAUAUUCUGGAGUCUAGACGAAGGAAGAAUACUCUAAUUUAGAAGAGAGAAUUCUCCUAUUCUUUAUUCCGAAGGUUCGAACCAGAUGAGUAGGUUUUUAACGGGGAAUCUUUCUUUUCUCUUAAUUUUUAAAAAAAAGAUCCUGGACGAGUUUUACGAACCAGGAAAGUAAAGGACGCGCAAUAUAAUUAAAAAAAAAUUUUUUUUUUUUUUUUGUCAAUUAAACAACCAAAGAUAACUAAAUGUGUGAGUGAUUCUGAAAACAGUCCAAGAUUUUCCACAUGGAAUGUUGUAUGGUAAAUGAAUUUUAUUUCUCCUUUUGUCUGUCAUGUUGUUGAAUGGUGAGUGAAUUUUAAUUUCUCCUUUUGUCUGUUAUCUUUGGAACGUAAAUAUACACUAAAUCUAUAUGAUAACCAAAACUACGCGCAUUUGAAGGGUUGGCUUCUUGAAAAUUUUCGAUACUGGAUUUGAAAUUUUCGAUCUUGUGGAGAGGCUUUAGUACGAUCACGUAAUGGCACCGUAGUGCAGGUUGAAACGGCUCUAUUUUGAGUUCUAUAAACAGAUGGGUUUAACUAUGAACCAGAUAUUUUGUGAGUGCAAGUUACGUAGCAACCCAAAAAUUGUCAGACUUCUUAUAUAUAGAACCCGUUUAAUGAAGAAUAUAGAGUGAGUAUUAAUUUCGUAUGAAACUGCUAACAACUGUAGCAAUUCAUUUUUAAAGGAAAGAAUAAAGUUAAUUGGCGAAAAAUGUAUGAAAAAAAGGGAUUUAUCGGAUUUAUUAGAAAAAUGAAGUAUGAUU